UUCUGCUCAAAUAAACUCGUGUCUCAGGUGUCAAUGAAUGUGCGACCAGUGUACCUGUAUUUAGGUCAAACAUACACAUGAAUAAGUCAGUUGACAGCGUAUGGUUUAAGCACACAGUAUAGUGUUCUUAUGGUUUAAAAUAUGAGAUGCUUUAAACACUAUAGUCGAGAUGUUUGCUUAUCUAUUUUGAAUAGACAAGUAUAAUGUGAUACCUUUAUUAAAAAAAGCAAAGUGAAGUGUACAGGAAUUAUACUUGUUAAUCAAAUUGAGAAAUUUAAUACUGCGCACUGAUGCGUGAAUGAAAUAUACGCGGAGAUUAAGCAUAAAUAAUAGUAUUACGUAGGGGAAAAAAGAAAAGAUGGACGUACAGGAAUAGCGUUAAAGUGCUACUUAAGUGAAAAAAGACGAACUAGUAUUAAGCGUUAAUAUUGUUUAAAAUGAAGAGUUUUAUUGUAAAUAAACAUUCAGGGCAAGUGAAAAUGCUACAUCGUAAAUUAUACCGCUUUUUGGUUGCAAAUCGAUGGAUACUUGGGUUGGCGUUCGUAUUUAUCCUAUUUAUUGGGAUAUAUCAAGAAUAUAUAGAUUCACGGCAAGCUUUAACAAUGGCACAGUUAAGGAAGGACCUCAUUAAAUUACCUUAUUCCCGGAAUAAACAUGGACAUCAUGAUAUUAUUGUUAGUGCAUAUAUGAACAGUGGCUCCAGAUUGACAGGAAAGCUGCUUGGGUUUCUAAAUCAGUCCUUCUACUUUUACGAACCCUUCUGGAAGUUUACAGUUUGGGACUUUUACAAACCACCUGACCUACGUUGCAGUACGAUAGAAGGCCCUUGUAGGUCGGAUGUUUUUUUGUUUACGGUUUAA